AUGGGGGGACCUGUGACGGCUAAGGCACCAAGCGCCGAAAGUAGAGAUUUGCCACAACCGUCCCUUGAAGUGGAAGAAGAUGUGGCACCAAGCUCCGAUAGAGAAGCGCCCACAGCAGAAGAAGAAGUAUCUAAAUCCCAAAGCACAAGCGCAAAGGGCCUGCCUCUCUUUAGUUCAGGUGUUGUGGAGUGCAAAGGAUAUCGACUGCAAUUGCACAGGGAAGAAAACAAAUUUGACGUUUCCGCCAGCACCUGCGCCCAGAGCGGUAUGCGACUUUUCAGGCGCAAGGAUCGCAAAGCACUGAAGAAAUUCGAGUGUUUCAAGAAAUUACUGGCAUCCAACCAGGGGCUUCUUGUCUGGUUGCGAGUAAAGAACUCCAAGACAGCUACAAUGGAUCUCUCAACCGGAGAGGACGGGCCAGAGCAAUCCACGGCUGCCUCCCUAUGUGUUCUGAAGCCGACGAGGAAAGCCGGAGAGGCAAAAGACACGCACGACCAAAGGAAGGGUUUCGUCCACUCUCAAUAAUAGAAAGGACAAGCAACCUCAUUAGCUGAUAGCAGUUAUCAAACACUCUCUUCACACCAGGGGCGUGGUGUACAUCGUGUCUGCGUGUGUGUGUGUGUGUGUGUGUGUGUGUAUGUGCAACAUCGUCACUCGUCAGUCACCUAAAAUGUCCAGAGACUUGCCUACUCUUUGUCCUGCAACUGUCCAGAAGAGAGGACGGCUACUCAGGAAUUAUUGUAGUUUCUCGCUGGACAAUGGGGAUCUAGCGCGGUUUGUGGCUCCUAGAACAUUCAGGACUGGAUUUGGCGAGACAGCCAUAUCGCUAUUCAAAACACACCCAAUUGGAAAGAACGUUAACAUCGUACUUCUGUAAUCUUGUAGACGACUUUGAGAUGCUAACGCGCGUGUGCACGAGCGUGUGCAUAUGUACAUAUGUGUGUGUGUGUGUGUGUGUGUGUGUGUGUGUGUG